AUGGCAACCGAAUCAAACCAACCCACUCACUUAACGGGUUCGGAGUUAAUAAAAGAAGCGUCGAGAAUAAAAGAGUUUACGGGCAAGGACUACGACUUAUCAUCCUUUAUAAGGGAGGUAGAACUGAUUCUCCCCCUUUUCAACAACAACAUAGCUAUGCAACGAUUUAUAUUUGAGAGGUAUGUAAAAAAUAAAAUCCAGGGACCAGCCCUAGCAGCAAUAAGGACAUUAGGACAGGAAGCCACAUGGCCAGAGAUCAAGGAGGAACCAAUAAAAAACUUCGGCAUCAAAGAAACCUAUCACAACCUAUAUCAUCAAGCGGUCAACCUGAGGAAUUAUAAUGUAAGCAAUUAUUUUUAUAAUCUUAGAAAUAUUUUAGACAAAUUAAAUACUAAAUACGAACAAGAUAAUAAUAAACCUCCAGAAUUUAAUCCUUCAAUAAAUGAGUCGCUAAUUCUAAAAACAUUUUUAAAUGGUAUUGAGCCAAAUCUAGCAAGUAUUAUAUAUAGUAGAAACAUAACGUGUCUUAGAAGUGGAUAUUAUUUGUUAGAAGAAACAGGUAUGGUAAAAAGAUACGACGGUAGACCGAAUUUACAGAACAGAUUUAUACCAAACAAUAGACAACAGUCACAAUACUUACCACAACAUAGAGUUCCCCAAAACAAUAACUUACAAACAUCCACGAAUAAUAACAACAGUAAUAACCCAUAUAAUAACUCUGGACAGUUACGUCAGAAUAAUAAUAGUCCAAAUAAUAAUUCAGGGUUAUUUCGUCAACAAUUUCAAAAUUCGCAACGAACUAGGCAAAGCCAAAAUAAUAAAGUAACACAAAUGGAAGUAGACCACAUUGAAACUAAUGAUGGUGAAGAGGUAAAUUUUCAAUAUCAGGCCGAGAAUAUAGUUUACCGAUAAUCACAAUAACAAUAAACAACAUAAAAAUUAGGUG